AUGGCGUUGCCUUCCUUUUUUCGACAAAUUUGGACUAUACGACAUAUUCUUGUAGUUUUGUUUACUCCGAUUAUCUUCUUGCCUUUUCCACUUGCGGUGGACUAUCCGGAAGCAAGAUGUGCAUACGUCAUCAUUAUCAUGGCAGUAUACUGGACAACCGAAGCAAUACCAAUAGCAGUGACAUCCCUUUUACCAAUUGUUCUGUUCCCCAUAAUGGGAGUUUUAACAGCAAAGCAAACUUCCGGUGCCUACAUGAAUGACACAUCAAUGUUAUUUUUUGGUGGUUUGAUGUUGGCGGUUGCAAUUGAAGUCUGGGAUAUUCACAAACGAUUGGCUUUAUUGGUUUUAAUGAAAGUUGGUUCUGAGCCGAAAUGGUUAUUGUUAGGUAUAAUGGGAGUUACUUGGUUUUUAUCAAUGUGGAUCAGUAACACAGCUACUACUGCUAUGAUGAUUACAAUAGUUCAAGCUAUAUUACAACAGAUAAAAAUAGCAGACGCUUCCACAGCUGAAGACAAUGUGAAAGCUUAUGAAGUCACCAAUCCUGAUACAAAAGCUAACUUGAACGAAAAUAAACACAGUGAAUCCCCAAAAGAACAGAAAGGAAGCAAAGGAGCCAAAGUUAAUGAUGUUUUCCAUACCAGAAUCUCUAAAUGUAUGUGUCUAGCAGUAGCGUAUUCAGCCAAUAUUGGUGGUAUUGCUAGUUUAACUGGUACUGGUCCUAAUUUGAUCCUGAAAGGUCAGGCUGACAUUGUUUUCAAUGAUUAUGGACUAACAUCGCCUAUAAGUUUUAGUACGUGGAUGGUUUAUGGUCUUCCACUAUCACUAAUUGUGGUGGUUAUUUUGUGGUUUUGGCUACAGGCAUUUUUUCUACGCUGCAAAAAGAAAGAUGGUAAGGAUACAGUGGCUGAAGUUAUAGAGUCAGAGUACAGAAAACUGGGCAAAAUAAAUUUUCCCCAAAUUACUGUAGUUAUAUGUUUUACUCUGUUAGUCAUUUUAUGGAUAACACGUGAUCUUGGUGGUAUAGGUGGCUGGGGUACUUAUUUUUUUUACAGGACAGUUUCUGAUUCUACGCCAGCUAUUUUAAUUGGUAUACUAUUGUUUAUUCUACCGACAGCAGUACCGAAUGUAUUCUGCUUCCGGAAAUCGGGAGACUGUUCAAAUGCUGUAGUUAAACCUUUACUUACUUGGCAAGAUCUGCACGAGAAGAUGCCCUGGUCAUUGUAUCUUCUGUUAGGGGGUGGUUAUGCUAUAGCUAAGGCUUCUCAGGAAUCUGGUUUAUCAGAAAUGGUUGGUACGUCGUUACGAGUAUUUAAAGAUUUGAAUCCCUGGUUAAUGUUGAUGAUACUGUGUUAUAUUAUAACAUUUUUAACUGAAAUAACCAGUAAUACAGCUAUCUCAACUUUAAUGAUGCCCAUAUUAGCCAGUUUGGCUUUAUCGUUACAAGUUAACCCUCUGUACUUCAUGUUUCCGGCCGCCAUUACCACGUCUUUUGCUUUUAUGUUGCCAGUAGCCACACCACCAAAUGCAAUAGUGUUUUCCUUUGGACAAGUAAGAGUUAUAGACAUGGUGCUGGCCGGUCUAUUCAUGAACAUCGUAUCUGUCCCAGUAUUACUUCUCGCCACAGCGACAUGGGGCAAUUCUUUCUUCCAUUUCACUGACGUUGAUCCAGCGUUCUUGGCUUUCAAUGAAACGACAACGCUUGCUACAAUCUAA